CAGAAAUUCAAAAUUAAAAAUAGUUUUUAAAAAUCUAAAUAUAAAUGCGCAAAAACUAGUUGGCACCCUUUUAAAUCGUUAUUUGAAUCGUAAACAAAAUCUAUUUUCGGAUUUAAAUUAGUAGAUAAGGCAUCUACCGAGAAUGUUGAAGAAAAAAUCAAUUUUCGUUACUAUUUUAGUGUUUUUAGCACUGUUUAAUCGAAAUAUGGCUUGGCGGUCGCACGGUAGGAACAACUUGGACAUGGUACAACAUUUAAAAGCCAACGGCAUAAUAAAAUCGGAUUUGGUCGAACAAGCCAUGACAGCGGUAGAUCGCAGUCACUAUUCAAAAAACAACCCCUUUAUGGACUCCCCUCAAAGUAUCGGUUACGGAGUUACCAUCAGCGCUCCUCACAUGCAUGCACACGCAUUGGAAUUACUCAAAAAUCAACUAAUCAAUGGAACUAGGGCUUUAGACGUAGGCUCUGGCUCAGGCUAUCUGACCGCUUGCAUGGCCAAACUUAUGGGAACUAAAGGUGUUGCAGUUGGCAUUGAUCAUAUCCCAGAAUUGAUUGAUUUGUCCGAAAAAAACGUGAAAAAAGCAAAUUCGGAUUUAUUAAACAGCGGUCAAGUUUUAUUUGUCACUGGCGAUGGUAGGCAAGGGUAUCCCGAAAUGGCGCCCUAUGAUGUUAUUCAUGUUGGUGCGGCCGCUCCCGAACUACCUCAGCCUUUAAUUGACCAAUUAAAGGUUGGUGGCAGGAUAAUAAUUCCAGUAGGCCCAGAAGGUGGCAAUCAAAAACUGGAACAAAUUGAUAAACUUCCGGAUGGUACUGUCAGUAGGAAAACUUUGAUGGGCGUGGUAUAUGUACCCCUGACAGAUAAGCAGCACCAAUGGCCCAAAAGUUAUUGACAUUGCGGUACCAAUGGUUGUUUGAUAUUUUAAGUUUGCUGGGAUACAAGUACCACCCAUGAGAAUUUUUUUUUUUUUUCAUUUCUGUGAUAAUUUUUUUCUUUCUUGCAUUAAAUUAUAAAAUUCAUCAAUUAAUAUACUCAUUGUUUUGCUUGAUUUAUAU